UCUAUUUAUUUAAUUUACUCUUCUGUGUCACUUGGAUGUUCAUUUCAUCUUUGCCACCUUUGUUACUUCUGUUGUGCUUUUUCACCCCCCGUCCUCGCCUGUCUUUGUUUUAUUUACAUUUCAUUAUUUAUAUUUCAUGUUAUUUGUCCAUGUUAUUCUUGUGUCAUGCUAUUUUGCUUCUUUUUGUUUAUUCUUGAAAAUCAAUUAUGACAAAACAUUAUGAUUAAUAGUUUAGUGCAUGAAGGCUUUUAACUUCUGAAACGGAAAUUUGGACACGCUUCCUCUCAGAAAUUUCUCUUCCCCAUCUAUUUAAAGAAAUUCUGUACAUACCCCUUUACCAGCAGUGUGGCAAAAAUUGUCAAAAAUCCUCCAGCUAAACAGGGAACUGAGAUCAUGAUGAUUGGCACAAAGUCAUACAGUUCAUCGGGCACCGUACCUUAAAACCAUUAUUUCCCCGUUACAUUUAACAUACAAAAAUGUCUUUUCUUUCACCUACAAAAUAUUUGCUCUAAUGUGCUUCUGUCAUUGUCCCCCAAAAGCUCAUUAGCACAGAUACAACUUGUCCAGAAUACUGCUGUUAGAGUUUUAACAAGGCCGAAGUAAACAACAAUAAUUAGCUAAUUGUGUGUUUUAAUUUUAGACUUCAGGAUUUUUUUAAUUUACAUUUUUUCCCCAAAUGUUGGCUUAUGUUCAGGAUUAUGUUUAAUAGCAAACAAACUUUUUCUUUUACGUUGAAAUGCAUAUAAUGGUGACUUAUCCUCUUUUGUUUGAUAUAUUUCAUAGAUGUGUGAAUAGUUAACUUGCUAUUUUGUGGUCUGAUUCUGUCUUGUUUGUUAUUUCAUUGUAUUGCACAGAGCAUUUAAAUGAACUGUGAGAUUGAGAUAGAUAGAUAGAUAGAGAUAGAUGGAUAGAUAGAUAGAUAGAUAGAUAGAUAGAUAGAUAGAGAUAGAUGGAUAGAUAUAUAGAGAUGGAUGGAUAGAUAGAUAGAUAGAUAGAUAGAUAGAUAGAUAGAUAGAUAGAUAGAUUUGUUUCAAGCUAAACAGCACCACCAUGUGGUAGAAACAGAUUACACACGUCAAGUGCUCAAACCAAAUUAAAGGGGACCUAUUAUGCUUUUGCAAUUUUUCCCUUUCCUUUAAUGUGUUAUAUACUGCAGUUUUUUGUGCAUGUCUGCCAAGUUACAAAGCCCAAAGUCCACACCAAAGGGAGUUACCCUCCCCCACAGAAACACUGAACUGCCUGAAACGCCUAGCUUGAAGUCCCUCCUUAUCUUUCGUAACGUGGUGAUGUCACCAGGAGCUCAGACAGAGGGUGAAAAGAGGUGCUGCAGCAGUGUUUUUUGAACAUUAAAGCAUGUAAACAUGUUCAAGUAUAAACCGAAAUUACAAGUAUGCACCUGGAAAUAAGCAUAAUAGCUCAUCUUUAAUGUAUAGAUUUCCUCCUCUUCUUCUUCUCCCUCCUCUUCUUUUUGUGCAGAGUUCACUGAUGGACCGUGGCGUGACCACAUGGACCGGAGGAGGUAGCCUCCUUGACGGCAUUGAUGAUUUAUAUGAUCCAUUUGGCAAUUACUCCAAUGAGGACGAAUAUUGUUGUGAGGGAGGUGAUGUGUGCGACCUGUACGAGGGUAUGCGUUUUGAGGCGGUGUUCAUCCCAGUUCUGUACUCUGUGGCGUUUGUUGUGGGUAUCCUGGGGAACGCAGUGCUGCUGGGAGUUCUGGUGCAGAGCAGAAGGACCUGGAGUGUGACUGACACCUUCAUCCUCCACCUGGGUGUGGCAGACGUCCUGUUGCUGGUGACGCUGCCCCUCUGGGUUGCACAGGCCGCUCAAGCUGAUGGGUGGACCUUCGGCGCUCCUCUCUGUAAGAUCACUGGAGCUGUUUUCACGAUCAACUUCUACUGUGGGAUCUUUCUGCUGGCCUGCAUCAGUCUGGACCGCUACGUGUCCAUCGUCCACGCCACCCAAAUGUACUCCCGCAAGAAGCCCUGGGUCGUUCAGGUCAGCUGCUUGGCGGUGUGGCUCUUCUCCCUGCUCCUCUCUAUCCCUGACUGGAUCUUUUUGGAUGCUGUGGAGGAUCACAGGCGACAGAGAACAGAGUGCGUUCGCAACUACUUCAAGUUUACCUCUGAGGCAGAAGAUGACCGGCGACAGACAGUAGGCGUAUGGCGACAGGCAUCACGCCUGCUCUACCACACGGUGGGCUUCCUGCUGCCUUCAGUCAUCCUGAUCUUCUGCUACUCCUGCAUCCUGCGGCGGCUGCGGUGCGGCUCCAAGGGCAUCCAAAAGCAGAAAGCUUUCAGGGUCAUCGUAGCCGUGGUGGUGGUUUUCUUUGUCUGCUGGACGCCAUACAACAUCACCCUCAUGGUGGACACACUUCAAACAGCAAACAGCAGCGACACCUGUGGAGUCAGAACAUCUCUGGAUAAAGCCAAGGUAAUUACCUCCUCUGUGGGUUACCUCCACUGCUGCCUCAAUCCCGUCCUGUACGCAUUUGUGGGUGUGAAGUUCCGGCGUCAGCUCCUGGACAUCCUGAGGUCUCUGGGCUGCAAGCUGAAGAUAAGUGCCAAACUGCAAUCUGUUGGUACCAGCCGAAGAAGCUCCUUUUGGUCCGAGUCUGCCGACACCUCCAACUCCAUUGCUGUCUGAGAGAGAGAGAGACAGAAAUAUUAACAAGCACAUGCACAAACCUGAACAAGCUUACAAACAGACACAUGAACAGCUGAGUGUACAGCUGUGUGUUUCUGUAAAUUCCCUGUGUUAUAUAACUAGCAACAGGCUAUGCAUUCUUUCAAUUUCCUGUAGUUCACAGUGCAUUAGUAGCUGAAUAUUAGGGCUGUCGCGAACACCACUCUUGGGGCUUCGAAGCUUCAGUGAGAAAUAUUCAAUGGCAUUGGAAGCUUUGCGGCGUGGCUGACAUGUUCUUCUGUCUGUCUGUCUGUAUCUCCCCAUUUCAGUGCCGCUGCUGCACUACUGUACACACAAACUCAUCCACACACAAACACACACAUACACACACAUCCACACACAACAAACAGCAAUAUCCGUCAGAGAAUAAGUAAGGGAUAAUGUACAAUGAGCUGGUCAUUGUUGUGAAAUAAACCCCGACAGGGCAAUGCCGAAUGCACGGCAAUCAGUACCGAAAUCAGAACUGCGCCCAUAGCAAUGGUCUGUUAUACAUAGCAACAGUCUACUAUAAAGAAAUAACAGACCGUAGAAUGCCGUGAUUGACCAAUCAGAAUCGAGUAUUCAACAAAGUGGGGUAAUAAUUAAUAAUAAUUCAUGUUGCAUAUGAAGAAUGUUGUGGGAUUAAUCCUUAUUUCCUGGGCUAUUUGGGGAUUUAUACUUUAUUUCUGGUAUAAAAAAACAAAAUCGAAGCAUAUGAACACUGGUUUGGCGGUCGAUUACCAUAGCAACAGUCGAAGCUUCGAAGCAUUCAGGUCAGCCGAACUGAACAUGGAUAUGACCAAAUAUGAUUUUGUCUGUCUGGGACUUGAGGUCAUACACCUGUACUUGUAGGCAGAAGAUAUAUAUUUUUUUAUUUUUCUAGUAGUAGAACUGUAAGGCUACAUUGCAACAUAACCUGUAAUACUGUAUUAAGUAUUAUUACUGUAUAUACUGUUUUGCAUACAAUCUUUUAAAUGACAUUUUUGUACCCCAAUUAUACUGUAUGUUGAACUAUGUUUUGUAUAUGGAUUGCUCAAAUACAGAAUAAAAUGUUAUUUUUUUAAUCAUAAA